AGAAAAGUAGAGGUAGGCGUGUAGUAAAUUGUUAUACCUGCCAUGGACCUUGCCUGCCAUGUUAUAUCAAUAUUGUCAAAUAUUAAUUAAAAUAUUUCAACUCCUUUGAUUUGUUCCUAGCCUUUUGAAUGUCAAAUGCAGCGAUACUUCCAGUGUGUAAACGAAUUACUGAUAAAAUGUCAAACUACUUAGGUGCAUGGCAUGUAAUUCGUUGCAGGUUUUUAAUUUUUAAUCCUCAUUUUUUCAUUAUCCUCAUUCUUUCAUCUUGCUUCCAUCACCUUGGAAGCUUGGUGGGAGUUCAUUUCGUUCAUUUGGUUCAACACUUCAUUUCAGAGUGAAUAGAAUUCUAUUUUUCGUCAAAUUUCCACCAAAGUUGGACAGAGGAAGCGCGCCUGGCACACUGCUCCACUGUCCUAAAUUGAAAUCGUCUUGCAAAUAUUGCCUUCUCUGAAUGAUUCACUCUCAUUGCUGUUACAUAAUUCUGGCCAAGGCCCCUAAAGAUUGUCUUGUUUUUUGUGAUAACUGAUUUUCAGUUAUGAUGCUGAAUAGAUGGAAAUUGUUUUCCUCAUGCUUCUAUGGUGCAGCAAAACAAAGUGUUUGCAGCUCAGUGAAGACAAGAGGUCUUUCUGUGACACCUCAGAGGCUUGAGUACUCAGAGCACAAUGAAGACCAGAAGACCACAGUCACAUUCCUCAACAGGGAGAUGGGAGACAUGAUCAGUGUGGAUGGAAUCAGCCAGUAUGGAUUUCACCUGAACUCUGGUGUGGUGGUGCUGGGGCCGAUGGCCGUCUUCCCGCGCACGGUGCUCGGUUGGAACGUACCCUCGGCACCGCACAUCACGCCCGCCUCGCUGGCGCUGUUCGCCAUCCUGGAGCCGCGUCUGGACUGCCUCGUCAUCGGCACAGGCGACCGCGGCACCACUGUCAGCAAAGAGGUGAUCGCCUUCCUGCGUCAGAAGAAGAUCUCGUUCGAGAUCCUGCCGACGGAGCAGGCGGCGGCCACGUUCAACUUUAUGAACCUGGAGCGGCGCUGCGUGGCCGGCGCGCUCAUCCCGCCCGUCGACGUGCGGCUGGUGGAUCGCGACUACGAGCAGCACCAGAAAAGCCAGCGGCAGGCGCUGCUCGAGGAGCCCUAGUGGCGCCGGCCGGCUGGAGUGCAGUAAUAGCGAGUGAUAGUGCCGCGGUGGUGACAUUGUGUGGCCCUGGAGCGGUAUGUAAUGAGACGGCCGGGGGAUGCCUGAUAGCCGUAACAGCGAUGGCGCCCCAGAGAACUCUUUAGCCGUGGACAAAGCGCGGAACGCCGAGUGUGCCAAGUCACAACGGCCUGCCGACAACUCCGUAAUGUCUGUUCAAGGACAUUUGUGUACUUUUCGGUCUAAUGUUACAUGACUCAUGAGCAUUACUGACCUCAGAAUAUGUUCUGUGACAUGAGUCAAAUGUGUUGCCAUUUAUCAUGGGUGUGCCGCUAGUUCACAACUAGGCGCCUGGUCGGAAGGCUUUAUUUAUAUGCCUAUUGCCUACGAGUAUAAACGUGUACCCAGGUUUGCAGUGUGGUGUGCGUAUAAUUUUGCUCAUCGUUUCGAUCGCUCCUAGUCUGUCGAAUACCCAGUAAGACAGCAUGCUUAUGAACAUUGCAA